CUCUGGACAGGUUGUUUUUAAAUGGUGGAAGCAAAUUUUUCCAUUGCUUGUUUAUAGGACCUUGUCUUUUUAAAAGAAUGGCGUCUUCUGGUCCAUUGAAGACAAUCUUUGACUCCUUGAAUAAAAAACAAGGAAAGUCCUUCAAGGGGACGGAGAAAGGCGCUGCCUCCGAAAUGGCGGAAGAGUUUGCUGUGGAGGUGGACAGAGCAGGGGGAGGAGACAUGAAGGUCUCAAAAGCGAACAAACGCCUUUCUGUGGAGAGAAUUUACCAGAAGAAGACUCAACUGGAGCACAUUUUGCUCAGACCUGACACUUAUAUUGGCUCUGUGGAGAAAAUUACACAGCAAAUGUGGGUAAUGGACGAUGAAAAUCAGAUGAUGGUUCAGAGAGACCUGACAUACGUGCCAGGUCUUUACAAGAUAUAUGAUGAAAUUCUGGUGAAUGCUGCUGAUAAUAAGCAGAGAGAUCCAAACAUGAACUGCAUCAAGAUAGAUAUUGAUCCAGAGAAUAACAGGAUCAAAAUCUGGAACAAUGGUAAAGGUAUCCCCGUCAUUGAACACAAAGACGAACAGAUGUUCGUGCCGACGAUGAUCUUUGGUCACUUGUUGACAUCCAGUAACUAUGACGACAGUCAGAAGAAAGUCACAGGUGGUAGGAAUGGUUACGGUGCUAAACUGUGCAACAUCUUCAGCACAAAGUUUGUGGUGGAGACAUCCUGUAAGGAAUACAACAAGGCUUUUAAGCAGACAUGGGGAGACAACAUGACCAAGACUAAGGAGCCUACGAUCACUCCCGCUAAAGGCGAAGACUUCACAGCGAUUACAUUCCACCCGGACUUGUCCAAGUUCAAAAUGGAGAGCUUGGAUAAGGACGUAGUUGAUUUGUUCACACGUCGAGCAUAUGACAUUGCUGCAGCCUCCAAAGGUGUUAAGGUCUUCCUGAAUGGGAAACGCUUGCCCGUGAAGAGUUUCCGAGACUACAUUGACCUGUUCAUCAAGGACAAGACUGAUGACAAUGGCAUGCCUCUCAAGGUCGUCUACGAGAAGGUCAGCGACCGCUGGGAGGUUGGGCUCACCCUGAGUGAGAAAGGCUUCCAGCAGGCCAGCUUUGUAAACAGUAUUGCCACAACAAAGGGAGGUCGACACGUCGACUACAUCACAGACCAGGUGACUGCCAAGCUUAUAGAGGUUGUUAAGAAGAAGAACAAAGGUGGCGUCAACAUCAAGCCGUUCCAGAUUAAAUCUCACAUUUGGGUGUUUGUGAACUGUCUGAUCGAGAAUCCAACCUUUGAUCUCAAACUAAGGAGAACAUGACGCUGCAGCCCAAAAACUUUGGGCUCCAAAUGUGUGCUGACUCAGCAGUUCAUGAACCAGGUAAGGAAUUCUGGGAUCAUUGAAGGGAUUUUAACCUGGAUGAGGUUCAAAGCUCAAACACAGCUGCAGAAAAAAUGCCACGGGUCGAAACACUCAAAACUGAAGGGCAUCCCGAAAUUAGACGAUGCCAAUGAGGCAGGAACCAAGAACUCCUUAGGCUGCACUCUGAUCUUAAGAGGAGACUCAGCCAAAUCAUUGGCUGUGGCAGGCCUCGGGGUGAUUGGUCGAGACAAGUACGGCGUUUUCCCGCUCAGGGGUAAAGUCCUCAAUGUACGAGAAGCCACACAUAAACAGAUUAUGGAAAAUGCCGAGAUCAACAAUCUGAUCAAGAUUAUGGGGCUACAGUUCAAGGAGAAGUAUGAGGAUCGGGAGCGGCUCAAGACGCUACGCUACGGCAAGAUCAUGAUCAUGACAGAUCAGGAUCAAGAUGGAUCUCACAUCAAAGGCCUUCUCAUUAACUUCAUUCAUCAUUUCUGGCCAAACCUUCUCAAGUUUAACGUAGUUGAGGAGUUUAUCACUCCAAUUGUCAAGGUGUCAAAAGGAAAAAAUGAGCUGUCAUUUUACAGUUUACCGGAGUUUGAAGAGUGGAAGAGAGACACAGAUAACUGGCACACAUGGAAGAUAAAGUACUACAAAGGUUUGGGAACCAGCACGUCAAAGGAGGCCAAAGAUUACUUCUCAGACAUGGACCGUCACAGAAUUCCGUUCAAGUAUGCUGGAGCCGAAGACGAUGCCUCUAUUGUGCUGGCCUUCAGCAAGAAGAAGAUCGAGGAGCGAAAACAAUGGCUGACCAACUGGAUGGAAGAGCGGACACGCCGUCUGGAGAUGGGACUGCCAGAGCUAUACCUGUAUGGUAAAGAGACAAAGAACAUCAGCUACAAUGAGUUUGUGAACCGUGAACUUGUCCUGUUCAGCAAUACCGACAACGUGAGGUCAAUUCCGAGUCUGGUGGACGGGUUCAAACCCGGCCAGAGGAAGGUCAUGUUCACCUGCUUUAAGAGGAAUGACAAGAAGGAGGUCAAGGUCGCACAGUUGGCUGGUUCCGUCGCUGAGCUGUCGGCCUACCAUCAUGGUGAGAACUCCCUCAUGGGAACUAUCAUCAACUUGGCUCAGAAUUUUGUGGGUUCUAACAACCUCAACCUUCUGCAGCCCCUGGGUCAGUUUGGGACGAGAAUCCACGGGGGUAAGGAUGCUGCCAGCCCCCGUUACAUCUUCACCAUGCUCAGUCCCCUGGCCCGAAUCUUGUUCAACAUCAACGACGACCCGUUGCUGAACAGCUUAUACGACGACAACCAGAAGAUUGAACCUGAGUUCUACGUGCCCAUCAUACCCAUGGUGCUGGUGAAUGGAGCCGAGGGCAUAGGAACAGGGUGGAGCACCAAAAUCCUCAACCACGAUGUGCGUGAGGUCGUGGCCAACAUCAAGAGGCUGAUUGAUGGAGAUGAACCAGAGGUCAUGCUGCCAUCUUUCAAGAACUUUAAGGGCACGAUACAGCAGCUGAUCGAGAACCGUUACGUGAUCAACGGGGAGAUCUCGAUCAUCGACGAUCAGACGAUAGAGAUCACUGAACUACCAAUCAGAUCUUGGACACAGAAUUACAAAGAGGACGUGCUGGAGCCCAUGCUUCAUGGCACAGAAAAGGUCCAGCCAAUGAUCCAGGACUACAAGGAGUACCAUACAGACACGACGGUGAAGUUUGUGGUCAAGCUGACCCCGGAUAAACUGGCUCAGGCUGAGGAGACUGGACUUCAUAAGGUGUUCAAGAUACAGACGACAGCCACAACGGGAACAAUGGUGUUGUUUGACCGUAAUGGCUGCAUCAAGCGCUACAACAGCACGCUGGACAUCAUGAGAGAGUUCUACGAUGUGCGUCUGAACCUGUACCAAAAGCGCAAAGCUUACCUGGAGGGUAUGCUGGCCGCGGAGUCCCUGCGCCUGGACAACAUCGCACGAUUUAUCAUGGAGAAGAUUGAUGGCACCAUUGUCGUCGAGAACAAACGCAAAAAGGACUUGAUCCAGACUUUGGUGAUGGCUGGUUAUGACUCUGACCCUGUCAAGUCCUGGAAAGAGGCUCAGAACAAAGCCGAUUCGACUGAAGAGGAUGGAGAUGACAGCGACAGUGAAGCCUCAGGCUCCAGUGGUCCAGACUACAACUACCUGCUGGGAAUGCCCCUCUGGAACCUCACCAAGGAGAAAAAAGAUGAACUGCUCAAACAACGCGAUGGCAAGGCUUCAGAACUGAAAAUUUUGAGAGGUAAAUCCCCUAAAGACUUGUGGAAAGAAGAUUUGGAGAAAUUCCUCAUUGAACUGGAUAAUGUUGAAACUCAAGAACGAGAAGAGGCUUUAGAGCCCCCUAAGGUUGGAGGGAAAAUGAAAGGCAAACCUAAACAGCGAAAACUGCCCAUGAUGGAGACAAAGCCAUCUCCUAUGGGUCGCCGCGUUGACCCGCGAAUCGAUUCAGCCAUGAAAGAAAAGGCCCAGAAAACGGCAGCUGCAGCAAAGAGAGGAAAGAAGGGGAAGGAUGUGGUGAAUGAACUGAAGUAUGAGGAUGAUGAGGAUAGCAAACAGCCAGAUCUGUUCAAAUUCCUGAAGAAAGAAGACGGUAAAGACGAUGAGCCUAAAAGUCUUGCUGAACGGCUCAAUAUGAAAGGCAAACCAAAAAAGCCAGCAGCUCCAAGGGCUAAAGCAAAGCCCAAGUCCGCAUCUCCCAAGAAGAAAAAGAAGAAUGUGUGGGAGACAAGCGAUGAAGAGGAAAACUCCGACCUGAGCGAUGUUGACCUAGACGGGAGCUACUCAGCACUGCCAGCCGUUGACCGCGGACCACGAAGAGCUGCAGCCGCAAAAGCCAAGAAAUAUGCGUUUGAUGAUAGCGAUGAUCACGUGACCAGCGAUGAAGACACGGAGUUGAAGCCGAUAGAGAACAACGGCACAGAUCACCGGCCGGCUGUCCUCUCCGACAGUGAGGAUGAAAUUCUGCCCCAGUCCAAAUCUGCGAAGAGAAAGACGGAUGAAUCCGAAGAUGAAGAUCCGUUUGAGAGAAGCAACCGCCUGUUUGAUGCCAUGAGUCGCUCCAACACUACAAGCCUGCAGUCUGCACCCUCAUCUCAGACAACCACAGUGUCCAGUGCUAUAACCGUAUCCGACUCUGAAAGCAACCCUCCUGUGCAAGCGCCAGCGCCAGCGCCUGCGCCUGCAAAAUCAAAACCUGCCAAGGAGAAACCAGCCGCUAAAAAGCCCAAGAAGGCAGCUGAGCCCAAAGCCAAGAAGAACCAGCAGUCUAUAGCAAGCGCCUUUGCCAAAGCGUCCAAAGCUAAGCCCAAAGCUAAACCUCCGAAAUUUGUAGACAGUGAUGACGAGGAAGAUGAAGAUCCCAUGUUCACUAAUGACAACAGCCAAGACAUGUUUGCCAAAGCCGUCUCAAAAGGCAAACCCAAGAAAGUAAUAGAUGAGCACCUGUUCAGCAGUCAGAGUGAAGAUACAGAAAAGUCGCAGACUUCUUCCAAGCCUGUCAAACCCAAGGCUAAACCAAAAGCCAAACCCAAGAAGAAGUUCGAAGAUAGUGAUGAUGAUGACGAUGAUGAUGAUGAUAUGUUUGCAGCUAAGAGCAAGCCAGCACCCAAGCCAAAGAAGAGAAAGGUGUUCUCUUCUGAUUCGGAUGAAGAAUUUAUACCCAAGAAGAAGAAAUCCACAGCGGCCUCUAAGAAGAAGAAGAAGGAUGACAGUGAUGAAGAACUAAACAUGGACGACAAGUUUGACUCAAUAAUUAUUCCCCGUGAAACGACAGGUCGAGUGAGGAAAGCAGCUAAAUACACCUACGACGAAAGCGAAAGUGACUUCAGUGAUUAGAAAUGCGUUUCCAUGGAAACUUGUUGGAGGACUUUUUUAUCGUUAGACUUUUUUUUAAAAUGAACUGGUUGUUUUUCCUGAGGGCAAAAUUUCCAUCAGAACAUUUAUGCCAUGGGAAAGUGUGUUAAGAGACAAAUUUCUUGUUAUCUCCCACGGGCGGAACUCUUAAUGGAAGUGUGUUGACAACUGCAGGAGGGUUUGUGCACUCAUUUCAAAUUCAGGUGCAGGAUUUAUAUGUGCAUUUUCCAUCAGGUUAAAACUUGAAGACCAUCAACAGAAAAGUACAAAAUGCUUCUCAGUUCUUUCCUGUCAGCUGUACAAAGUACCAAUCACUGCCGCAGCAGUUUCAGAUUUAAGUAUGAUUGCACCCUCCAAUCUUUAAACUCAGCUGGUUUUGUUUUAAAACGGUAUUGUCUGUCGUCCUUAUAGUCGGCAGAGAGAUAUUUAUUUUAGUCUACAUGCCCAAUUGUAUAAUCCCCAGUUUUAGCCGUCAGAACUUCACCAGUAUUUUAACCAUUUUUAGCUAACUGUGUGUUUCUUCGUGUUCAUUUGUCUCCUUAAACUUUUCAUCAUCAUAUUUUAUUUCAUUCACAACACCCAUGUACAGUUCAUGCUCUACAGCAGUUCUUUCAUUUGUAUGAAAGUGGUUUGUGUGAGAAUUAAGGGACUACCUGCGAUGUCCGCUCUCUUUCUCUCUGUUGUUAAUAUCUCGAACACUGUCUCAAAUUCAGUAUAUUUCACAUUGUCCCUUGAGCAAAUGAUCUGCUGAGAGUCGUUUCAUGGCAUUGUUCUCUGUUGUAACUCUGCCAUCAGAAGGUGAACCACUGGAUAAAUUUGGUAUUUUAGCACACAGAAGGUCCUAAUCACACUAGAAUCUGUUGUUCUCUCCUGUGAGGUUGCAAUGCUUGUGUGCUUCAUGUGUGUUUUAUAAGCACACAUACAUCACAUUACAAAGGAACGAACAAAAGAGCUUUGGGCCAUUUUGUUACGGGCGGGAGAGAUUUACGAGUUCUCUGUUGCACAGGCGAAAGCAGUAGCUUUACAUCCAAAUAACUACAUUGUAAGCCUGUGCUACAUGCAUUCUAUUGUCAUGGCAAUAAUGUGCCCCUCAGCCGUGCUAAUUUUUCUGAAAAAUAAUAAUGGCUGCAGAGUUGCAGACAUAGUUACUUUUGAACUGAGACGGUCACUUGGAGGAGUAUUUGUGACAAAAGCGCUGGUUUUGAGUACUGAAACGCUUCACCUUUGUGUAAGGCCGCACGAUUCCUCGUGCACUGUUCUGAAUGGAGGGUUACAACAUUUGAACUUUGACAUUUUGAGAUCUAUUUUUGUCCAUUUAUUCAGCCAUCUGUAAAUAAUCCAUCAUUUACUCAUUCACCCAAAAAUGCAAAAUACAUAUUCAUCAAUGUCCAUGUGGUUUAGUUUUAUUAUUCAAUAAUUUAAUUGUGGAAAGUUUUCUGAGUGCGGACUUGUGGUUAAUGGCACACCUGCAUACAUAUCACUUACUAUGGUUACAGGUAUUUGUCUGAUCUUCAAUGCCUGGGGCCGCUUUCCCAAGUCUCCGGAAGGAUUUCUGUUAAUUUUUUUGUGAAUGACUAUCUACAGGCUUAUGUCUCAUAAGGCAAUGUGAUUUAUUUGAAUCACAUGCAGGAGGGUUUGAAUCACAUGCAGUGAAGACCAAACAUUCAGCGUUGUUAAAGUGUGGAAAUAUUACGCAUGCCUUUGAUUUGAAAUGUGGAAGCAAGGGGAAGUCACAAAGAAUGUGGUGUUACCAUUUUUGUAUUCUGAUAUUCUAAGAUGUUGCCGACAUCAUGACGCAGCAGAAUGUCGGGUCUGGAGAGCAAAAUACAGCUAACUUUAUAACCAACUGUGAAAGCCUAAUAUUUAUAAGACUUCUCUCCAGUGUUGCUGAAUCCAGUAAUUAAAUAAUGAGGAUUAUGUUUGUUAACAUGAGGAGCAUCAAACAUUUUAUAUUUUUAUGUUUCCAGUUAAUUCUGCUAUAUUCCUCACCGCUCAACAUCACAGUAAAGGAAAAUAUAUACAUGUACAUGUAUCAUUGUGGACAGCAUAAAUACGGAAUAUUUAAAACAGCCAUGUGUCAGUGUGCUAUAAUAAACCUUCCUUAACCGUCUGCUGUACUCACACUUAAAACAUCCACAUCGGCUACAAUUUCUUUACAAGCUGUCGUAGCAUCGUUUAUAAACAUUGUACUUACGCCAAAUACGUCAUAUUUUUUGUAUGACUAUGGCAUUGGUACCAGGAUUGGUUUUACACGAGCUGCAAUAUCUAAAGUUCUAGACAUUUAAUUGUGAACAUAUUUUUAGCUGCAAUAUGUAAAGUUCUAGACAUUUAAUUGUGAACAUAUUUUUACUAGACAUAUUUUUGUGAACUGGAUUACAGCCUUUGACUAUGUAGUUCCUUCACUAUUUUGCAUACUUUAAAGGGAUACAGAUUCAAUGCUGAUUGGCUGACAGUAGAGAUAGGAUUACCUGGGUUAAACCCUCCAGCUUUGGUCAUGCUUGAAUAAAUCUGCAAUACCUAAAAUUCAGCUUAGCCUAGACAUGGUUAUCUCUAACACCAGCCAAUCAGAAACGAUUGUGUAUCUGUUUAACAGGCUGUUUAUGCUACAUAUAUAUAUUCUGUCAACUUACGAGUGUUUGGUAUGUUUAAUUUAUUGUGACAGCCUCCUGUUUAUGUUCAUUGGAUAAGCAACCAGUGUCCGCAAUAAUGAAUCGAAUCCCCGUUUCUUUUUGCUCGCUUUUUGUGAACGCUGGAAAGGGGGAUACUGUGAAUUACCAGUACUCAUGCCAAUUACCAGACCUAAAGGGAUACAGAAUUGAUGCUGAUUAGCUGGUGUUAGAGAUAGGCAAGUCCAGGCUAUUCCCGGCCUAAGCUGAAUUUUAGGUGUGGUACAUUUAUUCAAGCAUGACCAAGGCUGCAAGAUUUAACCCUGGAAAGCCUAUCUCCACUGUGAGCUAAUCAGAGUAGAUUCCAUAUCCCUUUAAACACACGGGGCCGAUUCCACAAAGAUGUUUGCGAUUUAAGUCAGAAUUUGAGAACUCUUUACGAUGCUUAUUUUUUGAUAGUGAAAGUUGAAAUUUAGACACGUUGACUUUAAGAUAACACUGAAUCAGACAAAAUUUCCAUUUCAAAAGCUUAAAAAUAAGCUUUAAGAUAGUAUUUCAAAUAUGGCGUAAGUCUGAAAUGGUUUGGUGAAAUCGACCCUUGAUCGUUAUAACUUUGCUGGUACCGAAAAUGUUUCUGUGCGAAGAAACAGAGAGUAAUGUUUGAAAUCCCCAACUUGUACGUUUCUUAAAUGUGAAUUAACACGGUUUGUGCCUGAUGGGUCAGAGCAGCCAUUAUCAGAACGUUUGCAAUGAUGGAAGGGAUGUGGUUCAGGCCUGUUCUUGUGUCAGGCGUAUCAGCUGCAUACUGCUACAUAUAUGAAGGGUUGAAAAUGGGUGCAGUAUUUCAUGAAAUUGCCCAUAUUUGCAAACAUGGGCCCAAGAAACUCAAAAUUUAUUUUGAUAUUUCAAAAAACUGUGUCACAUAAGUUGUAGAAAGGAACUUAUGCUAUGAAUCCAUUCUUCUUUCACUCCUUACUAAGUGAUUUUUAUGUUCUCUGACACUUUUUCUUUCUUUUUUUGUUAUUUUAUAUUUCAUUUUUAUUUGUGCGUCUCCUAUAGUCCUACACAACACCCUCUUGUUUUUCUGGUCACUGUGUAAAACAUAGUUUUGUAGUCAACUACAUCUGUAGCUUUGAUUACAAAAUUCUGCCAUACAAAUCUUACCCCUGGAUGUAUUUUAUCUUUGUAGUCCAUGCAGAGUUAAUCUAGUUUGUAAUAAAUGCAGACAUUUUAAUAAUCUUUAACUUCCGUUUUUUAAGAAUCUUCAACUUCAGUUUGUUUUUUUUUGAGACAGGAUUUUUGCAUUCUUUGUCUCUCAACUCUUUUUUUUCAUAGGCUCCUUCGUAGGAACAAGUGGUUGAUGGCACUUUUAGGCCAUUUAAUUAGUAUUUGCUUGUUGAAGACUCCAUUGUCUGCCACCAGUAUGAUGUGCAAGGCUGUACCAAUACGCCACAUGUGGGAAAGUUUGACUAACGGUAACUUUUAAAAGUUUGAUGCCUUACCCUGGACGUUCAGAUUUUCCUCCUCUCAUAAAGCAGAAUGCCAUUAUUAUAAGUGAAAAAAUCCAAAAUUUUGGUGGGAAAUUCAUGUUUGUAAGGCAAAAUAACCCUUGCAUGUCAUUAAAUGAACUACUGUAGUGUUGAAGGGUGGGUUGUACCAUUUUGAAAAAAUCUUCACAUUGAGUAACUAGAUAUUUCAUAACAUGAAAACGAACAGCGCUUCUUGUCCAAUUGAUUGUACAUGUACCAUAGGAGUUUGGUAUCAACUAUCGUCUUUUGUUGGCCUCUGUGGCCAAGUGGUAACCGUGUCAGUGCAGCACAAUGACCUAUAUGUGGGAGCCUCUCUCAAAUGGGGCUAAAAUCCAGCUUAUGCCGACUUCGUCUCCGAUCGCAAGUGGCAAGGUCUGCUGGUAACCUGUGGAUUGUCUUGGGUUUCCCCCAGACUCUUCCCAGGUUUAAUCGCAUCAUAAUACUAUAUGCUGUAUAAAUGAAAUAUUCUUAAGUACAGUGUAAAACUCCACACAAAUAAAUAAAUCCAUUUAUGGAUGGCAAUAUCUGAGAAAGCCCUUUGGGAUGGGGGCAGGUUUUACUUCAUAGAUGGGCGGCCAUGUUGCAUCUACUGGAAAGACCAUAAAAUUCUUUUUGUUAAGAGAUCCAACAUGGCCCGUAAUGCAAUUUAUGUAGAACACUGUAAUUCAUAUUCAUUGAGGUGGGUUUCCAACAUCACCUGUAUCUUUGCCGU